CACGGAGCUCGUCUGCAACUGUCUCGGCUGAUCGCAAUCUUGGUGAAAAAAGCUUUGGUGACGUGGCGUAGCCGUAUAAUUACCCUGGUACAGCUGGCGCUUCCGGGGCUGUUCACGUUUCUAGUCAUGCUUUCUGAACAAGCUAAUAAGGAGGACCUGAGGGAAUUAGCUCUGACUUUGAAUAUUGUACCCUUUGGUGAGACCUACAUCCCAUUCACUGAUGGACAUACUGCUAAGGGCACUUUGGUAGCUGACCUUUACAAAAGACAGUUCUGCAAUUGUCAUAACACGGAAUAUAUUCGAUUAAAGGACGUAAGUGUUUAUUUUAUUCUUUCUUUUUCACAUUUCACAUUUCUGUUUUUUUUUUUUUUUUUUAACUUUUUUUUUAAAAACCUUUUUUCUCCA